UUCCGGGUGGUUUGUUUGUUUUGGUUGUCUGGGCAGUUAGCAGUUAGCAGUUAGCAGUUAGCAGUUAGCAGUUAGCAGUUAGCAGUUAGCUCAGGAUGUCAGCUACGGAGGACGACACGGAGCUGCGGGACCUCCUGAUCCAGAACCUGGAGAACAACGGAGUCCUCAACAAGCUGAAGGCAGAGAUGAGGGCAGCAGUGUUCCUGGCGAUGGAGGAGCAGGACAAACUGGAGAACAAAAGUCCUCUGAUCAACGAAGAGCUGAAGAAAUGUCUGAACAGCAGAGACGGACGCCUGGUGGCCGGUCUCAUCGUGGACUUCCUGCAGGUCUUCAACCUGGACUUCAGCCUGGCUGUGUUCCAGCCGGAGAUCAACUCGCUGAACGGUGUGGACAGUCGGGACCUGGUCCUCAGAGAUCUGGGUCUGUCAGAGUCUGAGGUGAACAGGAAGUGUCCUCUGCUGCUGGAGCUGGUGAAGAGAGGACGACACAGAGCAGCUGAGGAACCGUCUCAGAAACAGAUCUCAGUCGCUCGGAAAAAGUUUGACUUCUACGACAAGGAUGGGAGCGGCUCAGUGGGAAGAGAAGAUCUGAAGAGAGUCUUUAUGGACCUGUUCCCCAGUGUGAACAAGAACCUGUUGGAGCAGUUCAUCACUGAUGAGCUCAGAGCUGCAGACCAGAGCUUCUCCAGAACCGUAGACUUCCAGAUGUUUGUGGGAUUUUACAAGCGUCUCUUCUCCCAGUGCAGAGCUGUGGUGGUUCAGGACUCUGAUGGAGUUUCUCCUGAAGAGAAGAUCAACACUCCUCCCAUCAGUAAGAUCCCCAUCAGAUUUAAAGGAGGACAGAGUCAGACCGUAACCAAGGACCUGGACGUUAAAGGGGACGUCCAGCAGCCGGGGUCCAGACUGGGCGAGGCGUCCCAGACCAGGACCCCCUCUGUGGGAUCUGAGAGGGAGCGUCUGGACCUGGACCUGGACCUGGAGGUGGAGGACCAUGAGGACGGGGAUUCCUUCUUUGACGACCCGCUGCCCAAACCACAGAAGACCUACGGCUGUCUGUCUGUCCUCGCUGCUGAUGAUCGUCUCUCUGAACACAGUCAGUCCGCUGAGCUCAGGAAGGUGGAGGCGUCAGGGGCCAGAGGGAGUCCAGCAGGGUCCCUGUCAGAGGCCCCGAGACCAGGAGGAGGAGGAGGAGGAGGAGGAAGCAGCGCCUCAGAGCAGAGCCACAGCAGGAACGGAGCGUCGGCCUCCAGAGAGAGAGGCUUCAGAGACUCAAAGGCCCCAAACGAAAGAACAGGAUCUCUGCAUUUAGAUGACGAUGUUGAAUACGACGAUGACUUCAACAGCCAUCGGUCCGACCUCUCGAAGAGCGAGCUCAGUAUCGGUGAGGAGAUCGAGGAAGUCUCCAUCGAGGGACCGGACGUCAGCGACAAGUUUGAUGAAACCACUCAGGACCUGAGCGUCUCUCAGCUCAGUCAGAGCCACGGAGCCGACUACAUGGAGGAGGUGGCCUGAUUCUCCCAUCAUGCACUUCUCUGUCCUCCUCUGUAUUUAUGUGUGUUGCCUCCACUGAGCUAAUAAAAUGAUUUGUAUUCACA